AUGAGUGAUCAGGGCACUGGCGCGGCCUAUAAAGAGCUCCUCACGGGGGAAGUGGGUUGGAGUCGGGGGACAGCGGCAGUAGGCUACAGACGGAGCAAGAUGCACGGCAGCCUGGUGUCAGGGCUGCUGCCCGCGGUGGUCCUCCUCCUGCUGUUGCAGGACACACACUCAGUCUACAUUCAGUACCAAGGCUUCCAGGUCCAGCUGGAAUCAGUGAAGAAGCUGAGUGACCUGGAGGGGCGGUGGGGGCCCAGAUCCUACCCCCAGACCCAGAGCCUCGCGCCCUCCGUGUGUCACCACCCGGCCCUGCCGCCGGACCUCCAGCCGGUCUGCGCAUCCAAGGAAGCUGACAGCGUCUUCGAGGACUUGAAGAGCAUCGCUAAGGACAACUGCGAGCUGUGUGUGAAUGUCGCCUGCACUGGCUGCCUCUGA